AUGGCACUCCUUCCCGCGGAACAAGACAAAUAUGAGAUAAAAGAGGUCAUUGGUCGAGGAGCGUUUGGAAUAAUUCGGAAAGUCCGUCGGAAGCAGGAUGGCCAUAUCCUGUGUCGCAAAGAGAUCAACUACCUCAAGAUGUCGCAGAAAGAACGCGAUCAGCUACACUCCGAAUUCUCAAUUCUAUCAUCCCUCAACCAUCCAAACAUCGUAGGGUAUUUUCACCGAGAGCAUCUCAAAAACAGUCAAGAGCUGUAUCUGUACAUGGAAUACUGUGGAGGUGGUGACCUUGGAUGUGUGAUCAAGGAACUGAAGAGAAAGAACGAAUUUGCAAAGGAAGAGUUCGUCUGGAGAAUAUUCAGUCAGCUUGUCACAGCACUGUAUCGGUGCCAUCAUGGCGUUGAUCCACCAGAGCCUGGCAACGAUUUUUCUCGACAGAAAGACAUUCGACCUCCCAGUGGGCAAAAAAUGAUUUUACAUCGUGACCUGAAACCUGAAAACAUCUUCCUAGGCGAAGACCAGUCUGUCAAACUCGGAGAUUUUGGUCUAUCAAAACUGAUGCAGUCUCACGACUUUGCUUCAACCUAUGUUGGAACUCCUUUUUACAUGUCCCCUGAGAUAUGUGCGGCAGAGAAGUACACGUUACAUUCCGACAUCUGGUCACUAGGAUGUAUUAUGUACGAGCUAUGCACCAAGGAGCCACCAUUUAACGCUAACUCACAUCUACAACUCGUUCAGAGGAUUCGAAAGGGUGCAUUCGACCCCAUACCAGCUGUAUAUUCCAAGGACCUUGCCAAUGUUAUUGCGAGUUGUCUCAAGACCAAUCCCAUGCAUCGACCAGAUACUACUUCUCUUCUCAGUGUGCCUUAUAUCUGGAUUGCCCGGCGCCAACAGGAAAUGGUCUGUAUCGGGAAAGCCUUGAGAACACGCGAAGAGAUUGCCGAGCACAAGUUGAAGCAGGCAGAGGAGAGACUGUCUGCUCUCGAAGCCGACAAAGCUGCAAUGAGAGUCGAGCUAGAUGCUCGGCUCCGUCGCGAAUGGGAAGUUAAAGCACGACUCGAAAUUGAUCGACAGGUCCAGAUCGAGCUAGAGAGACUACGCAAAAAAUUCGACAAAGAAGUCGAAGACCGUGUCGCAGCGUUGCUCGCGGAGAGAGAAAGACCAACAGAAUUCCGCGUACUGAAGGAUAUCCAAGUCACAUCGAAACCGGGAUAUGAUAAGGAGAAUCUGAAUCCCAGUUCUUCCGUCAACACCUCAGGAGAAGAAGACUUCCCUUCGGUCACGGAUCUGACCGAUCUAUCAGAACUCUCUCUGGAAUCACCAGUCCCCUCUACAACUGCUACUUUGCCACCAAAGAAGACCAAGACGCCCUUUGCCCGGUCAAAAACUACCUUUGAUUCUCCCACUGAUGUUCAGAUGGGUGAACCUUCACCAAUGUCGAUCUCCUCGUUGGCUCUUUCGCCACGCAGGACUGCUGCCGCUCAUGCUACUGCCAACUCCACCGUGACCGAACUUGGCGCGAGGAAUAUUUUUGCGCAAGCUGCCCGUCAGAAAGCAAGAUGGGAGCCACAGCUGGCAUAUACAUCAGACGAAGAGGCGAACUUGGAUCUUGAAGAUGACUCUGAUGACGACUUUCCUGACUUGCCCAGCCCCACAAGGCCCAAGACAAAUGUCGUUAAUACAGACCCGUUCAAGAAUCCAGCACCAGUAGCCUCCAGGGGCAGACCUGGGCUAACGAGGCAGAAUACCACCGCGACUAUGCAGAGAUUGACCACAAAGCCAACCAUAUUUCCCUCUAGCAGUACUGCCGCCCAAGUACGAGCAGGGAUGGCAUCAUCGGCCGCUGGAAAUAUCGUCCGAGGCAUUCCACGAGCUACGGUUGAUACUGAAAUCAAGGCUAGCACAGCCAAAACCACGAGCCCGAGCCGGCGUUUAAGCAAGAUACCAAGCCGAAACGACCUGCGAGAGCAAGCCAACAACAGCGGCAGCGAUGGGAGUGGGAGUACAAGCCCUGUGCGGCGCGCUGGAAUCACAGCAAACAAUUUGAAGAGUAAAUUGGCCGCUAGCAGAGAGCCCGUUGCCGUUGGCGCCUUGGGUGGACGUACAUUGGUGGAGCUUGCUCAAGCACGAGCUGGAGGGAGAAAUCCAAAAGAUGACCUUGGUGUCCACAAUGACAUGAAGGCAAAGAAUAGUUUCGAUUUCCAGGACCGAGGUAAAGAUCUACCACCAGUCCCGAUCUGGGAUCCAGAGACGGCAGGGGACGACAUGCCUAGUCCGUUUUUGAAACGAGAUGUCAAGGCAGUCCGCAUGAUGCGGUGA